AUGUCAGAAGAAUUAAGUUUAUCAGAAACGUUUUCAAAAAUAAUUUUAAGUUUUCCGAACAUUGUUUGGCAUGAAAAUUAUUUUCCCUUUGGAAUUCUGAUUACGAUUCAUGCCAUAUUUAUAUCACUUCGUUACAAAAAUAAUCUAAAAGAAGUACAAGUACCAUGGUUACAAGGAUUAUUUGCGGUAUCAGUAAUGGGAGUUGGAGGAAGUACAAUAAGUAACAUCCUUAUAGGAAAACCGCCAGGUUGGCUUACUUCAAAUUCGAUCAUAACAGCUUAUUGGACAAUGUAUUCUUUAAUAAAUUACGUUCCACCUCUUUACUGGAUAAUUAAAUUAUUACCAUCAGAUUUACUUAAUAUAAUAUUUCUAACGGUUGAUGGAAUGUUACGUGCAUUAGCGAUUUGUUCUUCGGGAGUAGAUAGUGUAAGAUAUGGAUCGUUUCAUGUAAUUGACAAUAAAUCAAUAAAUUCUAGUUGGGUGGCUAUAUUGAUUAGCGGAACGUUAUGUGGAUGUGGAGGCGGCAUUCUCGACUCCGCUUUUAAUGUUACUUCUCCGACUUGGACUUUUUCAACCCCAUCAGCAUUUGUUAAACCAACUUAUGAUAUGAAAGUCAGCUUUUACAUUGCUCUAUUUUACGCUUUAACUACUGUUUCCAAUGAACAUGAAGUUACAAAUUUUACGAUACAAUUGUUUAGUAUCAAUCAAGGAAAAAUUUUGGCCAUUCUUGGAAUGGUUACGUUGAAUUUGGCCAAAUUGGGUAAUUUUAAUAUAUUUCCGGAGCAGAAUAAAAUCAAGAUUAAAGAAAACUAG